GCGCACGCACGCACUCUCCGCUCGCUCCCACUCUCCCUUCUUCCUCGCCUCCGUCCGUCCCGUCUUAUCGUCCCCUCCCCAAAUCCCUCCUCCCCAAACAAAUCCAUCCUCAUCUCCGGCGACAUCUCCCGCAAGCUCACACCAGGCGACGUGCGUGCGUCCCUCGGCGCGGCGCGGCGCGGCGGCCUCUCCUCUUCUUCCGCUGGCGCUGGCACUGGACUAGCACGGAGUGGGGAUCGAUCGCCCGCCCACAGAUGAAGGAAGCCUUUGAUCCACCCGCCUCGGCGGCUGCAGCAACGCCAGAAGCAGAUAACGGAGGAGCCUCCGUCUUCACGAGGAAAAACAUUUGGAGUGAUGCGGCUGCCGAGGGAGACGACGAUUCCUUGCCUUGGCCGUGGGACGGUGUGAAAAGUGAAGAGGAUGCUGAUUUUCUUUCUCAUGCAAACAGGGCUUUGUCGUUUCUGGAUUAUGAAGCAGAGUCUUCGGAGUGCAAGUAUGCUACUGACAUUGGGUCACAUGUAUAUCCCAAGGAAGCAAUGUCACCACAAAGUGAAUAUGAUAGGCAGCGGCCUUACCUUCCUUUAUCGAGCUGUUCUUGGGAUUCUUCUUCAUCACUGGAAGCGAUGUCAGGCAAUCGAGAUGCAUCAGGUCAUGUAAUGGCAAAAGGCGGAACCAAAAGUGAUAUCUUUGCGCCAAGGCAUGAUUAUCUUACGUCGGGUCCUACUACUGGUCCUCACAUGAGAAGAUCGUAUACUGAAGCAGCUAAAGUUGAUUGUAGCUUCGAUUGUCACUCAGAGCAUCACUACAAAGGAUUGGAUCGAUUUACUCCCUUCGCAAACUGCAAUGGUCAAUCUAUUGAAUGCCGCAGCGAGAUAGUUGAUAUGCCCAGAGGGGGCCGCUGUGUUGACGAGGCUACUUCGUUUUCAAGUCGAUGGUGCUUCGAAAAUGGGGGCCGGGGCUCUUCACUACCUGGAGGGCUGACAUAUGGCGAUGAGAUCCCUUCUCUGUCUAGUCGGAGGUGUAAUGGCAGUGGGGUGCUUUCACGCUCAAGCCAAUGGCAUUAUGGUGCUGAAAUUUCCUCGCUCUCAAGUAGGCAAGGUUAUGGUGAUGAAAUCCCUUCUCUGUCUAAUCAGAAGUUUAAUGGCAUUUCACGCUCAAAUCAUUGGAACUACAGUGCUGAAAUCCCCUCGCUCUCACGUAGACAGAGUUAUCGUGAUGAGAUCCCUUCUCUGUCUUCUCAAAAGUCUAAUGGCAUUUCAUACCCAAGACAGUGGCAGCAGUAUGGUGCAGACAUCCCCUCGUUCUCAACUAGACAAGGUUAUGGUGAGGAGGUUCCAACAAUGUCUCACCAUUGGCGCUACCGAGAUAAGAUACCUUUGUAUUCUGGUCAGAGGUGCCAUGAUGCCGAGGCACGUCGAUUAUCAAGCUACCAGCAAGGUCCUUUUUGUGGGAACAGGCAGCCAAGAGACAGUUUUGCCCAUGGUAUUGUUAGUAAUCAGCAAGUCAAGAUGACUGCAACCAGACAUACUGGCACAAGACCACGGGUGUCUAACAGAGUUGUAAACAGCACUAGCAACUACAGAAAUGGCAGGAGGGAUAACCCACCGAGAAAUUCUGAGGAAAUAAGGGACCAAGUUUGUGGUCCCCGUGCAAGCAAAGUGAAUAACACAUCAACACCGACUGCGAAGAAAGAUAUCUUGAGCCCAUUGGUCCGCAGAGACCAAUUUAACAAAUCAGACUUUUCAAUUCAGUAUGAACAGGCCAAGUUCUUCAUGAUAAAGUCAUAUAGUGAAGAUGAUAUUCAUAAAGGUAUCAAAUACAAUGUUUGGGCAAGUACACCAAAUGGGAACAGUAAGCUGGAUACCGCUUUCCAUGAUGCCCAGAUUUUAAUGAAGGAAAAGGGUACAAAAUGUCCUGUCUUCCUCUUGUUUUCGGUUAAUACCAGUGGGCAGUUUGUAGGAUUGGCUGAGAUGUUAGGUCCUGUUGAUUUCAAGAAGACCAUGGACUUCUGGCAACAAAAUAAAUGGAAUGGCUUUUUCCCUGUUGUCUGGCACAUUGUAAAGGACAUUCCGAAUAGGCUCUUCAAACAUAUCACUCUAGAAAAUAAUGACAACAGACCUGUUACAUUCAGCAGGGACACUCAAGAGAUUGGCCUUCCCCAGGGUCUGGAAGUGUUGAAAAUUUUCAAGGCUUAUCGCCAUGGAACAUCAAUUCUGGAUGACUUUGACUUCUAUGAAGAAAAGGAAAACACUCGCUGUGCACGCAAGGGAAUAAAUGCAGACUCGUUACAUGAAGCCAGACUAUCAUACUUUGGAACAGAUGACUUGAAAUCAAUGGGAGACAUCGAGGCGAACAUGGAGAGCCUGAACCUCCACGAGCCUUGGGACUAAUCCGGAUGGUUCUUCACCAUGUCACAAAAAAAUUAACGAGCCAUUGACGCGGUCGAACGAGAAACGUUUGAUCCGGCGAGUGGGCGCUACUACACAAGUUAACCUGAAAUAUGCUAUAGAAUGUUUGUACUUUGUAUGGACCAUAUAUAGUUUGCCGGUAAACACAUACCAUAUAUAUCGAGUUUCCGUCGUCGGGGUAAGAUAGUUUUACAAAUCGGUACAACAAUCUUAUGGUGACUGCCAUGUGUGUCCGUUUGGUUGGUUGUAUGUGGCUGAUGGAAUAUUUUGGUUGACAAGAAGGAUUGAACCAGCAAAUGAUAUCUAAGGCUGCACGUAGCAUGCCUGUUAGGGUUUAUCA